AUGAGCAUCACCUUUGACGUUUUCCGCGGUUCCCCCGAAGGCCGAAUUGUGGCCGACAAGACCAGCCGCACUCUUGAAUACAACGAGGUGUUUAUUGAAACCACACACUCUGGUCUCUGUGGUACAGAUGAACACUAUCUCAAGUCUGGACAGGUGCUGGGCCAUGAGGGUAUUGGUAUUAUCAAGGCUGUUGGUCCUGCUGUGAACACUGUCAAGGUGGGCGAUCGUGUUGGAUUUGGGUACACUCAUAGUAUCUGCAACUCAUGUGAUAACUGUGCUACCGGCUGGGACCAAUACUGCCGCAACCAGAAACAAUACGGUUUCCACGAUCUCGACAACGGUACUUUCAGCUACGGCGCCGUCUGGGACGUCAACUGCGUCUUCCCCAUUCCCGAGGGAUAUGACUCUAUCCACGCCGCACCGCUUAUGUGUGCUGGUGCCACAGUCUGGACUGUCCUGACUGAAUAUGGCAUCAAGGCCACUGACCGAGUGGCUGUCAUGGGUAUUGGCGGACUGGGCCAUAUUGCCAUAAAACUGGCCGCAGCAAUGGGGUGCCAUGUCGUCGUCUUGUCCAGUUCUGAGUCCAAGCGUCAAGAGGCUAUGGACUUUGGGGCGUCGGAAUUCCAUGUUUUCCGCUCUGGACAGGAGCCUCCUAAGGAUUGCAAGCCUUUGAAGCAUCUCUUGCUGUGUGGAAGUGCCAGCAUUGAUUAUCCUUCGCUUGCCCCCCUAAUGGAUACCCACGGCAGCAUCUACCCUCUCACUGUUGCUUUCGAAGCCUCCCCCGUCCCUCUGUUGCAGUUUGCCUUCAAGGGUGUUCGCGUUCAAGGUUCUCUGGUCGCCGCCCGUCGUAGCAUUCGCACUCUGCUUGAGUUUGCUGCUCGAAAGGAUAUCCGCCCUACGGUUAUGACCUUCCCGAUGAAUGUGGCUGGAAUUGAAGAUGCGAUGCAGACUUUGAGAGAGGGGAAGAUGAGAUAUCGCGGUGUUUUGGUUAAGGAGUAA